UGGCUAUGUGUGCUCAGCGCUACAACUCUGCAUUCCAACCGAAAGUGAUCAACAGGAAAAGGAGAGCCACUGAUGGAAAAUGACUCUGCCCUCACACAUAGCAGCCCACUCAAUCCCACCUCACACUCUGACCCGGCUGGCACGAGAGUGGCUGGCAGAGGAUACACCAAACUUUGACCUGGCGGGAGUGUGUGUGGGGUCACAGGAGGUUGAGGCGAGGUUGCUGUGUAAAACACCACACAGCAUCCUGGCAGGGAGCCCCUUCUUUACAGCAGUGUUCGCUGAGGUCGGCUGUACCGUGGACUGGAUUUAUCAGGAGGGAGCUGAGAUCGGUCCCGAUGCCAUCACACUGACUGCUGUGGUGAGAGGCCCAGCAAGGUGCCUCCUCCUUGGGGAAAGGCCAGCUCUCAACUGCCUGGCCCGGGCCUCAGGUAUUGCCACCCGCUGUUCUAAGCUCCAGGCAAUGGCAACAGUGGGAGGCUGGCAUGGAGAAGUGGCUGGCACACGCAAGACCACCCCGGGCUUCCGUCUGGUGGAAAAGUAUGCCAUGCUGGUUGGCAAUGUGUCCAUGCACAGACAGGACCUGAGUUCAAUGGUGAUGCUGAAGGACAACCACGUCUGGGCAUCAGGAAGUAUCACACAGGCUGUGAAAGCUGCCCGAUCAGUGUGUGGCUUCAGCAGUAAGAUUGAGGUGGAGUGCCGCUUUAUAGAGGAGGGCAGAGGGGCGGCCAGGGCUGGAGCAGACAUCGUUAUGCUGGACAACUUCAAACCUCAGGAGCUCCAUGCUGCAGCUCAGGCACUGAAGGAGGAGUUCCCAGCACUACUGAUAGAAGCCAGUGGAGGAGUGACUCCAGAGAACUUAGCUAUGUAUUUCUCCCCACAUGUGGACAUCAUUUCCCUGGGCGGCAUAACACAGGGUUGCCCAGUUGUGGAUUUUUCUCUCAAGGUUCAGAAGCCUGUUGUGCAGUCAAGCCUCCAAGAAUGAGGACCUCCUCAAAUAGGAUGUGCACUGAUUGAAUGAGAAAAUUAAGUAACAUUUUCUUCUGAAUAGAUGAGACUUUUUAGUGUGUACGUUUAUUUCCUGUAACAACAUUACAGUAGUCUACUGUUGCUCAAGCUUGAGAAAUAGUUCACAUCCUGUUUGCUCACUGUGUCAUCAGUCAUUUGAUGAGGAUAAAAGGAAAACAGAAAUGAGGCUGGACUCACUUCUCUGCUGGGGCCAUGUAGACAGAAAGACAAUUUCAUUUAGUUCUUGAAAUACAAAACAUGCAGAGCUGAAUUGCCAUAGAGGAACAGCAGCCACAAGUUGAAACUAAUCAACAGAGAUAACAACAACAUACAGAUUAAAAGGAAAACUUAAAAAAAGGCUGAUAUAUAGAUCAGCUUAGGCAAACUAUAAUAUGGCCCAGUAUGUAGAAGGGUUGGUAUACCUAAACAUUUUUAUUCUCACUUCAUUCUCACUUCUCAUUUUCUAACUCGUGGUGUCUUGCCAUUCAGAUUGUUUUGUUUUACAAUGGAGGUGAAUGGUGCUUCAAGUAUUGAAAACAUUUUUAAGUGCAACACUUCUGUCCAGAGACAAUGUCCUGAUAAUUUGUAGAGUUAAAAAUCGCAACAUAUUCUCACUCAAUGUUGUGUCAUGUGAUUAGUUUAAAGGGGGUCUAUUAUGCUAAUCUCUAGGUUCAUAUUUGUAUUUUGGGUUUCUACUUGAUCAUGUUUACUAGCUUUAAUUUACAAGAAGCACUUUAUUUUUCUCAUACUCUCUGUCAUAGAACAUUUGAAUUCACCCUCUGUCUAAGGCACUCCAUUUUAGAGCCUGUCUCUCUAAGUCCUCCUCCCGAAAAAGCCCAGUCUGCUCUAACCGGUCAGCCUUUCUGGUACUUCUGUAUCUGUGCUCUCUGCGUCUCUGAAACAUCAUUGCAACUGGGAACUGACUAACAGAGUAAACCAAAACCUUUACAACCAGACAUGUUCCAGCAGGAAUAUGAUCCAAAAUUUGGAAGACCACAUUAGCAUCCAUGAUUACAACUAUUCUUGAUGUUAGCAUGUAGCUACAUGUAACAGUGUACUUGCAGCUGGACAAUGACUAAUAAAGUAUGGUGGCACCUCCUACUGUAAAACAUCA